AUGCGCAGCGGACUCGAGGGUAGUGAAGGACCAAAGACUCACGAUGGCGUCCCGGAAUCUCAGCCUCACAAACAUAAGCGCGCCGUUGACAUGCCUGAUAAGGUACCUGGAAUUGCACCAGAAGAGUAUACGGUAGGCUUGGUGUGUGCUCUUCCGUUGGAAAUGGCCGCCGUGGAGUUGAUGCUCGAUCAGACCCACCCAGAGAUUCCAGAACAGGAUCCAGCCGAUCAUAACAGUUAUACCUUGGGCCAGAUUCAGGGGCAUAACGUCGUUAUCGCAUGUCUGCCUGCAGGAACUUAUGGAACAACGACCGCUGCCACGGUCGCCAAAGACUUGUUGCGAACCUUUAAGUCGAUACGGUUUGAUCUCAUGGUCGGCAUUGGAGGUGGAGCACCGUCACGAAUACAUGAUAUACGACUUGGCGAUAUUGUGGUUAGCCAACCUGAUAGAACUAACGGAGGCAUCAUACAAUAUGAUCGAGGGAAAAUAGUAAAGGACGGGGAGUUCCAACGUACUGGGUCUCUCAAUGCGCCACCCCAAACCCUCCUGACUGCGCUGGCCCGUCUACAGGCCAAACAUAUGAUUGAAGAGAGUCGAAUCCCUCAGUUUUUAGAUGACCUUGUCACCAAAGUCCCCAAGAAAGCAAAGAAGAAAUUCAGCUACCAGGGUGCAAUUCAUGAUUGCCUGUAUCUGGCAGAGUAUGAUCAUAUCGACGCGGGGUCGACGUGUGAGGAAUGUGAUCGUACUCGGACUGUGCAACGAGACGAGAGAGACGACACAGAUCCCGUUAUUUACUACGGGACCAUCGCCUCUGGAAACCAGGUCAUCAAGCAUGGUACAACACGCGACCGGUUAAGCAAAGAACUCGGAGCAUUAUGUUUUGAGAUGGAGGCUGCGGGGUUGCAAGACUUCCCUUCUCUUGUGAUACGUGGUAUUUGCGACUAUGCCGACUCACACAAGAAUAAGAUGUGGCAAGAAUACGCGGCGGCGGCAUUUGCGAAAGAACUUUUGUCGUACGUACGACCAGAUCGAGUUUUGCAGGAGAAACCAAUUCCGCAGUUGGUGCCUAUCGCAAAGGAACAACUACAAGCCUCGAAGAAGCAUCUCGAUGUGUCAACUGAGCAUCUCGAAGAGCACAAGCGCACCAAUCAAAUGCUAGAGAAUCGCCCUUUAGACCUUCACACCGUUCACAAAGCACGCUACGAUAGUGUAGACGUUGGAGACAGCCCGAGAUGCGUGAGCGAUACUCGGCUUCGCAUCCGGCAAGCGAUCUCUGCUUGGGCCGACCAAGACUCUGGCGAGUCUAUCUUCUGGCUUGUCGGCCCGGCAGGGACCGGUAAAUCGACCAUCAUGCGGACUGUCGCUGAUUCCUUUACCAAGAACAAGCGUCUAGCUGCUGGCUACUUCUUCAAAAGAGGAGAGAAGGGUCGUAACGACACCAGUCGGUUAUUUGCGACUCUUGCCAUGCAGUUAGCCGAUGCUAUACCUUCUUUCAAAAAUUGUCUUAGAACAUCUCUUGGUGAUCUUGACGGAGAUGCAGUAGAAAAGAAGGGUCUUGCCGCACAAUUCGAGAAGCUCCUGUGGUCUCCUCUAGGACAAUUGCCUCCUGCCAAUACGAGCGAAGUGCCCAUGGUGAUUAUCAUCGACGCUCUAGACGAGUGUGAGCGCCCUGAACAUACCUCGCAGAUUCUGACCUUACUUUCGAAAUUGCCUGGAAUUACUACGGACCGCAACCUCUUACGCGUGUUGCUCGCCAGUAGGUCGGCUUCAGAAAUAGUCGAAGCUCUUGAGCCACUGGUAGAGCUGGCUACGAAGCCCGAACCACUCUUCAUCUAUGCUGCAACUCUUUGCCGGUAUGUUUACGAUGAGCAGCACCCUCGAGACCCCGAGAGACAGCUGAAGCUUUGGUUCAAGCAAUGUGAGGAAAACAAGUCUCAACUCCACCAAAUGUACGAUCCCAUUUUUAGCCAAUUGUUCUUCGGAAACAAAAAUGGGGAGUCUAGUCGCCAGCUGCUAUUCUUGUACGCUCUUACUCUUCUCGCUGCACCACUCCCGGCUCCGGCACUCGUUGCACUUCUCGAUCUAGAUAUGGACGACGUCUACUGGUGGCUUCCGGAGUUGCACGCAGUGCUGGACAUCCCUACUGAUUCUCAAAAGCCAAUGCGUGUGCUCCAUAAGUCAUUCAGCGAUUUCCUCCUCGACCAAGAGAAUCUUGGGCCCGAUAACGACCAAGUAGAAGCAGCAGAUAUACACGCUUUGCUGGCCGCAAAAUGUGUUCUACUCAUGACAGCAGAGCUAAAACAGGAUAUCUGUGACAUACAGAAAUUAGAUGCAACUCCCGGCGCAGUCGAUGAGAAGAUUAUGAAUCAACGCAUACCUGCCCAUCUCGGAUACGCUUGCCUUUAUUGGAUAUAUCACGUAGAAGGCAGUGAGCGGUCACCUGAAAACUAUGUAUACACAUUCCUUUUUCAAGAUUUUCUUCACUGGCUUGAAGUUUUGUCGCUUCUUGGACAUCUCUCCAUUGGAACGAGCGCCGUUAGGAGGCUGCCCAAGCUAUUCAAGGUUUUCGCAAGCGAACUGCGCCAAAGGUAUUGGAGCCAACGCCUGCCCAGUCUCAAUCAAGUCCAGGGUGUAAAGGCUCGCUGGGAUCCAUACUUGCAAACGCUUGAAGGUCAGCACGAUUAUGUGAGCGACCUUGCAUUUUCGCCAGAUGGUGAGCUUCUAGCUUCAGCAACAGAUGAAGGCAUGAUCCGAUUAUGGAUCGCAGCCACCGGUAGCCACUUGUUGACGCUUGGAGGCUAUGGUGGUCCUGCUGCCAAAGUGAUUUUCUCGCCCAACAGUCAGUAUUUAGCAUCAGUAUCAGACAGUAAGACUGUCAAAAUCUGGAAUGUGAUGACUGGGACGUUCAUGCACACGCUCGAUGGCAAUAUGUCCGCUGCAGUACGACAAGGGUCAGCUGACUCAUCUCGAGGCUCUUGA